AGCUGCCAUUUUCUUUUUGUAAAGGAGACGCCAUUUUGCAAGCGUCACUUGGCGGCGUGUCGGGUUUCGAUAUUUUAUUGAACUUACCCGAAAGCGAAUCAAAAUAUUGUUUUGUUAUUGUGUAGUAUGUCGUAUCAUUCUAGUGUAGCGCAGGAUUCACUGACUUCAGCGCAACUAGAAAUGGCCGGUAACCCCAAUUCUUUGGCUCUUCGUCGGCCAUUCGACCCUGUGGCGCACGAUUUGGAAGCUAGUUUUCGUUUGACGAGAUUCGCAGAUCUCAAAGGAAGAAGUUGUAAAGUUCCCCAAGAUGUGCUCUCCAAGCUCGUCGAGUCGCUGCAGCAGGACUAUUCGCAGCAGGAUCAAGACCAGUUUAUGCAUGUGGCUAUCCCGCGCAUCGGAAUCGGCUUGGACUGUUCGGUGACGCCGCUCAGACAUGGAGGCCUUUGUUUGGUACAAACGACUGACUUUUUCUACCCUUUAGUUGACGAUCCCUAUAUGAUGGGUAAGAUCGCGUGUGCCAAUGUACUUAGCGACUUAUACGCCAUGGGUGUGACUGAAUGUGACAACAUGUUGAUGCUGCUUGGAGUAUCGACCAAGAUGACUGAAAAGGAGCGAGACGUAGUCAUUCCUCUCAUCAUGCGAGGAUUUAAGGAUUCUGCUCUGGAAGCAGGCACGUCGGUGACUGGUGGACAAACUGUGAUCAAUCCCUGGUGCACCAUCGGAGGGGUUGCUACUACUAUUUGCCAGCCUAAUGAAUACAUUGUACCCGAUAAUGCUGUUAUGGGUGAUGUUUUAGUCCUAACAAAACCUCUUGGCACCCAAGUUGCAGUAAAUGCUCACCAGUGGCUCGAUCAGCCAGAACGAUGGAAUAGAAUCAAAUUGGUAGUGUCUGAAGAAGAUGUGAGACGAGCUUAUCACCGUGCGAUGGACUCAAUGAGCAGACUUAACCGGAUUGCAGCCCGGCUUAUGCACAAAUACAACGCUCAUGGCUCUACUGAUGUCACCGGAUUUGGUCUUCUUGGACAUGCUCAGAAUCUGGCAUCGCAUCAAAAGAAUGAGGUGUCAUUUGUUAUCCAUAACUUGCCAGUGAUCGCGAAGAUGGCGGCCGUUGCCAAAGCCUGUGGCAACAUGUUUCAGCUGCUACAAGGACAUGCACCUGAGACUUCUGGUGGGCUGCUGAUCUGUUUGCCUCGUGAGCAGGCUGCCGCUUACUGCAAAGACAUUGAGAAGCAGGAGGGCUACCAGGCCUGGAUCAUUGGCAUUGUUGAGAAGGGCAAUCGCACUGCUCGCAUAAUUGACAAGCCCCGAGUCAUCGAAGUGCCCGCUAAAGAUUAAGUUGUUUAUAACAAUAAUUGAGACAUUUUAUAAAAAUGUUAGUCUAAAAUUAUUUCGGAGCUGAAUAAAUCUUCAAUUUUAUUUUAAAGCAAGUUUUACAAGAAAUUAAUGGCAUUAGCAUUUCUAUUUUAAUUUUAAAAUCUUUUAAAACCAUGUGAAUCACUUACGGCUAGAUAGGAAUUUCAGUCGAAAUCUUGGUUUACACUUUGACAUGUAAUUAAAUAAUGCUUGAUAUAUUGACUACACAAGAUGUAUUAAGUUGAAGUACCAGUGUAUGAAAAGUGAAGUAUUUAAGAUGGACUGUAAGAUACAAAAAGUUGUAUUUACUAAUAUAUUGACACAAUUAUUAUGUCAUAGAGUAAACCUUUGUUAAAGGCCUAUAGAUAUGAUAGAAGUACUACUUGUUUAACAACAAUAAAAGUUGUGAUGUGUUUAUAAGAUAAAAUAUUAUAAUGCCAAUGUUUUGGGCAAAAUUAAAUAGCUAUGGAAUGUUCAUCCAAGUUAUACUCCUAUUAAAUCUAUGACCUAUAUUCAUUCUAGCAUUUGGUGUUUUAGAUAUUUAAGUAAGAUAUCACUAUUAACUUUUAAGUGAAAAAUUCCAUUAGAUAUCUACCCUUGAAAAUCCAACAAUGCAGUGUGUGGAUCAAUUCUGCAAAUUGUGAAAUAAGUAUAAUUGUUUAGAUUAAAAUUAUUUUUCAUUCUAA